AUGCCAGCUGUACCAGCAGGUUAUAGAAGUGGUGGUCAAAUGAACAAACCAAGUUGUUUUGAUCGUGUUAAAAUUGGUUUUACUAUGGGUUUUACAGUUGGUAUGGUCACUGGAAUUGUAUUUGGUGGUGUUACUGCUUUAAGACAGGGUUUACGUGGUCGUGAAUUUAUUUCAAUCGUUGGUAAAUCAGUUAUUUCAGCAGGUGGAACUUUUGGAACAUUUAUGGCUAUUGGAAGUGCUAUUCGUUGUUAA